AUGAUUAAUAGAUUAGUAUUAUGCGUGGUCUUCAUAGGCUACAGUGUCAACGGACAAGUUAUUGAUACUAGAAUCUGUUCUACAUUUAGUACAAAUACAACUGAAUGUCAAAGCGGAGAUAAAGCUUUACCAACAAGUGAUUACCCAGGAGAAAUAGAUAUAGAUACUGUGAAAACUCUUUUCAGAGACAGAACAGCUAUAAAGAAAGCUUGCAAAUCAGAAAACAAAGCAAAAUACAGAGCAGCAGCAGUAUGUAUAGCUAAUUCUUAUCGACAUUGUGCUGAUAAUGAUUUUAAAACCUUGAUACCAACUGGUGAGAAGUAUGGAGAAGCUAUUGAUUUAGUAUGUGAUAAUGAAGAGACCGCCGAUCAUAUUUUGAAUUGUUUGAGUGAUUCCUACAUAGACUGUACGGCAAAUAAGGUAGCUAGAGGAAGUUACACAACAUCAGUUGACAGAUCAAAACCAUUCUCUGACCACAAGGAAUAUUAUUGUGGAGUUGCGCAGAUUGAAGAAGAAUGUGCACGAGAUGAUAUUGAUGUACAAGAAUGUUUAGACACUGGAACUUAUGAUAAAUUUGUAGAAUUGAGAAAUAUUUUACGACCAACAGCUUGUGGUGCAUCAGCCGUAAUUUUCACAGCUUCUUUACUAUUUGUCUCCCUUAUUGCUUCCUUUUUCCAUUAAUGUUAUAAGAUUUUCAAAAUAGGUUUACUGUCUUUUGGUUUGCUACUGAUAAGUAAUAUUUAUAAAAUUAUACCCCCAUGUCCUUUACGUUGACCUGUAAAGAAUGAGUGUAAAAAUAUAAAAUGAUGGAGAUAUUAAAGUUAGAAUUUGGGCAAAAUGAAGAUGAAAUGAAUGGAGUUUUACGUCCUACUCUUCUGUAGAAUUUGGGCAGUAGUGACAUUGUAGUAUUUUGUAGGGUUACUUGAAAGAGUCCUUUGUUACUUGAUUAUUUGUGUUUUUUGUAUUUUUUAUUUGAUUAUUUGUUCAGUAUACAGUAGAAGUAGAUAUUCGUUAAAAAUUAUCAUCAUUAUUUCUACAUAAUAUAUUUAUAAAUAAUAAUAGUUUAUUUCAUAUAACCUUGAUAUAUCCUGUUUUAUAAAAAAUGUUGAUAAAUGUCUUUUGGAUUUUGGAUUCUAUAAUAACACUGCUGAUUCACUUAGUUCUGAUAGUGUGCAUCAUUUCUUUUUUAGUGUGUGUCAUUACUUUUUUAGUGUGUGUCUUUUAAACUGAAUACAGGUUUUCUGAGAUUUUUUAUAGUCCAAACUUUUAUAUAGAGUUAUGUCCCGUUAUUAAUGAAACACCCCAAUACCGAAAACUUUUUUAUAGCGUGUUUAUGCUAGUUUAUUUCUUGUAUCAAAAAUUCAAUGGCGGAUGGAAAUUAAAGUAUGAUGUC